UGCGGAGCCGGCCGGGUGGCUCCUGCGAUGGCGGCGGAAGAGGAGGCUGCGGCGGGAGGCAAAGUGUCGAUGGAGGAGAACCAGUGCGUUGCUCCUGGGGUUCCCAGUCACGUGAGCCCAGGGACAAAACCAACAGCUGUUGGAUGCUUCAGCUCACCUGUGACAGAGUUUCCAAGAAAACGCAAAGGAAGUGAUUCAGACCCAUCCCAGUCAGGAAUCAUGACAGAAAAAGUGGUGGAAAAGCUUUCUCAGAAUCCCUUUACCUAUCUUCUUUCAACAAGGAUAGAAAUAUCAGCAUCCAGUGGCAGCAGAAUGGAAGAUGGUGACCAACAAGUAAAAAUGAAGUCCUUCAGAGAAGCUCAUAGCCAAACCGAAAAGCGGCGGAGAGAUAAAAUGAAUAACCUGAUUGAAGAACUGUCCGCAAUGAUUCCUCAGUGCAAACCCGUGGCACGUAAACCGGACAAACUCUCAGUUUUAAGAAUGGCUGUUCAGCACUUGAAAUCUUUAAAAGGCAUGACAAAUUCUUAUGUAGGAGAUAAUUAUAGACCUUCAUUUAUUCAGGAUAAUGAGCUCAGACACUUAAUCCUUAAAACUGCAGAAGGCUUCCUAUUUGUGGUUGGAUGUGAGAGAGGGAGAAUUCUCUUCGUUUCUAAGUCGGUCUCCAAAACACUAAAUUAUGAUCAGGCUAGUUUGACUGGACAAAGCUUAUUUGACUUCUUACAUCCAAAAGAUGUUGCCAAAGUAAAGGAACAACUUUCGUCUUCCGAUAUUUCACCAAGAGAGAAGCUAAUAGAUGCCAAAACUGGUUUGCAAGUUCACAGUAAUUUCCACACUGGAAGGAUGCGUAUGUAUUCUGGCUCAAGACGAUCUUUUUUCUGUCGGAUAAAGAGCUGUAAAAUCUCUGUCAAAGAAGAGCACGAGGGCUUACCCAACUCAAAGAAGAAAGAGCAUAGAAAAUUUUAUACUAUCCACUGCACUGGAUACUUGAGAAGCUGGCCUCCAAAUAUUGUUGGAAUGGAAGAAGAAAGGGACAAUAAGAAAGAUAACAGUAAUUUUACCUGCCUUGUUGCCAUUGGAAGAUUACACCCAUACAUUGUCCCCCAGAACAGUGGAGAGAUUAAAGUGAAACCAACUGAAUUUAUAACCCGGUUUGCAAUGAACGGAAAAUUUGUCUAUGUAGAUCAAAGGGCAACAGCAAUUUUAGGAUAUCUGCCUCAGGAACUUUUGGGAACUUCUUGUUAUGAAUAUUUUCAUCAAGAUGACCAUAGUAAUUUGACUGACAAGCACAAAGCAGUCCUACAGAGUAAGGAGAAAAUAUUUAUAGAUUCAUACAAAUUCAGAGCAAAAGAUGGCUCUUUUGUAACUUUAAAAAGCCAGUGGUUUAGUUUCACAAAUCCUUGGACCAAAGAACUGGAAUAUAUUGUGUCCGUCAACACUUUAGUUUUGAGGCACAGUGAGACUCGAGAAGCAUCAUUUUUUCCUUGUAGCUCUCAUUCAUCAGAAGAAUCCUCUAAACAGUCAUGUACUAGUGUGCCUGGAAUGUCUACUGGAACUGUACUUGGUGCGGGUAGUAUUGGAACAGAUAUUGCAAAUGAAGUUCUGGAUCUACAAAGGUUACGGUCUUCUUCAUCCCUUGAUGAUUCAAGUCCAACAGAUUUAAUGAAAGAUACUCCCACUUUAAACUGCAGAAAUAUGUCAAAUAAGGAGAUGUUUCCACUGAGUCCUUCUGAAAUGGGGGAGCUAGAAGGUACCAGGUCAAACCAGAGCACUGCUGCUGUCCCCAGUCAUGAACCACUCCUCAGUGAUGGUGCACAGCUGGAUUUCGAUGCCCUGUGUGACAAUGACGACACAGCGAUGGCUGCAUUCAUGAAUUACUUAGAAGCAGAGGGGGGCCUUGGAGACCCUGGGGACUUCAGUGACAUCCAGUGGACACUCUAGCAUUUGUUUUUUAACUCCAAAAAUGAGAAACGUUUUAAAGCAUUUCAUUUACAAAAAAAAAAAAAAACCUGUCUAUUCUUCCAUACUGUAUUGAUACUGUUUUUAUCUUUUAUCAAUGGUCUACCAAUUUUUAUAGAUUUGUACCUUACUCUCACCAGGGUGUGGGGAAAUACUAUGUUUUCCUCCCAAGGGAACCAGAAUUUAUUACAGAUCCCUUUACUCAAUGUAAUGGCUUAAAAUCCACAAAUUGCCAUAUUUUUGCUAAAAUAUUUCUAACCAAGAAUAUCACAUAUUGUUUUGUUUUUAUUUUUGAUGCAGUUUUUUUGAGUUUGAGUAAGGUAAUAUUUUGACAUUUUCCCUUGUGUCUAAGAUUCAUUUGUAAUAGAUUUAUAGAUUUGUGUAAUCUGUACAUUUCUAUUCCUUGUGCAUUUCCUUAAUUGAGGAUGGAUAGGGCUUACACACUUUAAGAAAAUGGUGAGUACUUGAACAUUUAAAGGGACAGUGCAAUUUAUAGUCAUAAUCACAGUGAAUACUGUAUUCAAUCUUUGUAGACUUAGGCAAGCACAGAGCCAGGAUAUCUGUGCUUAAUUGAGCACUUUAAGAUAGAUUUUAAGUGAGAUGAUUUCUUACUUAAAACUCAGAAAAUGUCAAAAAAAGUUUCAACUUUGCUUAUAGAAAAGGAAGGAUCUUGGGCCCUAGAUCUUGGUGAUUAACCUUUUCAUGUAAGAUUUAAUAUAACCACUGAAGAUUUUCAUUAUAGAUGGAGGUUUUUAAUAUUGAAAACAUACUUAGCAAUACAUUAGUCCCAGAGGAAAAUACAGGCCCAGGCAGAUUAAAUGUCUUGUGUAAAGUCACACAUUCAGUUCAUAUACUUUUUAAUAUUUAAUGUAUAUAAACCAGACACAUUUGGGAAUGCAGUGGUCUCAUUGGUUAAAUGAUUAAUUAACUGACCCAAGAACUAGUUACAGCCUUCUAGAUUAUUAGGCAAUUAGGUGUUAUUGCCUGUUACCAAAGGUAAUGAAAUAAAGGGCAAGAACAUUUUUUAGAUCAUGAGGCAAUGAGAAAUAAUUUAAAAACCAAUUUUCUAAUUAUAAUUUUAAAAAUGGGGAGCAUUUUUUUUAACAAUAAUUAAUCCAAAGGUGGUUCACAUUUAGUGUAAGUAUUAUUUAAAAUACUGAAUACCUUCUUGGGGAUCAUACUUUUAUAAUACUUUGUUUUAAUAGCUCUUUAUGGUUUACCAAGUAUAUUGCCAUAUAUUCUCUUUUGUGCCUCACAAAUGAGAGAAAGGCAGGCUGAGAAACUAAUGGGGAAGCCCUCAGGCUUUGAUGUGGGGUUCAAAUCCAGUUUUCUUUUUCUAGAUGGUGCUACACCUUUCCAGCAAAUUUCCCUGAGAGCCCCUCAUCAGAACAAAGCAUUAUUUUGACCCCACAUGCUAUUUCUUUAGCUGUAGGUGACAGUUUGGAACUUUCCUAAGACAUGUUAAUGACAAGCAUACCAACAGGCAAUAACCAAAAGCAAAUGUUUCCUUCCAGUGUGAAAUUUGCAGUGGCUGUGUGGGCAAGGAUGUAUUGGCACAUCCUCUUGAGCUGAUACAGUAUUCUAGCAACAUAGAGUCAGCACCAUGUCCGGUCUGACACUUGAGGACUUGAGUGACAUCCAAGUUCAGAAUAAGCCAAAGAGGUCCUACAAGAUGGAGGGGAUUGGUGUGCAGCAGCCUAAGCGUUGCAGUUAAGUCUGAAGAAGCAUGAAAGAUCAUAUCUGUGCUCUAAGUCAGGCCUGCCUACCAAUAUAACUUUUUAGGGGACCGAACCAGGUUGAGCUUAGCUUACAAAGAGUCUACCUCGGCCAGUGGUAGCGUGAUAGGUCAUCGUGGCUGGAUGGCCUCAAAAGUAGGUGGAGCAAACCCCGAUGGUGUAAGGAUUCUAGAAGCAGAGUUUCUAGAGACAGACCAAUGCUGCCUUGCACAGUGGCAGGUUUUUUCCUUGCAGGAGAAGGGGUUGUUACACGGACCAGGGAGCAGACAGCCAGUUGAAUGCUCUGUGUGUGAUUUGAAACUUUAUUAGUCCGCUCUAAUAUUUUUCUGCAGAUCCCCUUGUCCUGGACUCAGAAUCCAGUCCAUGCAUUGUGUGUUACCAUAGCUCUCUGAAUGUAGCAUCUUCUUCAAAAUGCAUUCCAUUAACUAAAUUUGAUUGCUGUUAGGAGUGACACAUUUUUAUGGCUUACACUAUAUUACUUUUUCCUCUUACAAAUCAAUUUCUCAGAUUUUUUUGUGAGAAAUACAUCUACAAAUUGCAUGAAAGUAUCACAAAAAACAAUACUCAUUUUCUUUUUAAGAAUGACCACUACAAUAAUGUAGCGGAGUGGGAAAAGUGCCUCAAAUCCGAAGACCCUUUCUGGUCUGAAUUUAGCUGUGUGACCUCAAGCAAGUUAUUUAAACUCUCUGUGCCUCAAUUUCCUCAUUUCAAAAAAGAGGUUGGAUCUCUAAGUUUACUUCCAUCUCUGAUUCUUUGACUCUAAUCCACAGGACUGGAGCAUUAAUUAAGGUGGCCCUUAGAAGUGUGCUGUCUGGUGCUGUAGCCACUAGCCACACGGGACUACUGAGCACUUGAAAUGUGGCCAGUGCAAAUUAAGAUGUCAAUGUAAAAUACAUGUCAGAUUUUGAAGAUUCAGUGUUACAAAAAGAAUGUAAAAUAUCACAUUAACAAUUUUACACUAAUUACAUGUUCAAAUGAUAUUUUGGGUAUACUGAAUUAAAUAAAACUUUAAAAUUAA